CUUGGCUCUCACGGCGCAGACGGCACAGGGAGCACACACCGCCAGGCUGUGCGCAGAGUCGGAGCCAGAGGCCGCGGGGACACCAUGCACGCCCCCAACUGAAGCAGCAGCAUUUCGUAGCCGCAGCUCCCGGCAGCCAGCGGAUUUCAGGGAGCUCAGAUUCAGAGGAAACCUUGCGGAGAGAGCUCCGAGGCCCCCUCCAGGACAGUCCUCACCCGACGAUCUCCUGCAGACAGGAGCGCGUUGUGGCCCCGGUUCGCCGUGCCAUGGAGCGGAUCCCCAGCGCGCAGCCGCCCCCCGCCUGCCUGCCCAAGGCGCCAGGACUGGAACCUGGAGACCUACCAGGGAUGGAUUUCGCCCACAUGUACCAAGUGUACAAGUCGAGGCGAGGAAUAAAGCGGAGCGAGGACAGCAAGGAGACAUACAAACUGCCGCACCGGCUCAUCGAGAAAAAGAGACGUGACCGGAUUAACGAGUGCAUCGCCCAGCUGAAGGAUCUCCUACCCGAACAUCUCAAACUUACAACUUUGGGUCACUUGGAGAAAGCAGUGGUUCUUGAACUCACCUUGAAGCAUGUGAAAGCACUAACAAACCUAAUUGAUCAGCAGCAGCAGAAACUCUUGGCCCUGCAGAGCGGUUUACAAGCUGGUGAGCUGUCGGGGAGAAACAUCGAAGCAGGUCAAGAGAUGUUCUGCUCGGGUUUCCAGACGUGUGCCCGGGAGGUGCUGCAGUACCUGGCCAAGCAUGAGAACACUCGGGACCUGAAGUCUUCACAGCUGGUCUCCCACCUCCACCGGGUGGUCUCGGAGCUGCUGCAGGGUGGUGCCCCCAGGAAGCCGUCAGACCCAGCUCCCAAAGCAAUGGACUUCAAGGAGAAGCCCGGCUCCCUGGCGAAAGGCUCCGAAGGCCCUGGGAAAAACUGUGUGCCGGUCAUCCAGCGGACUUUCGCUCACUCAAGUGGGGAGCAGAGCGGCAGUGACACAGACACAGACAGCGGCUAUGGAGGCGAAUCGGAGAAGGGAGACUUGCGCAGCGAGCAAGCGUACUUCAAAAGUGAUCAUGGACGCAGGUUCAUCGUGGGAGAAAGGAUCGGUGGUAUUAAGCAAGAAUCCGAAGAACCCCCCACAAAAAAGAGCAGAAUGCAGCUUUCAGAUGACGAAGGCCAUUUCCCUCGCAGUGACCUGGUCAGCUCCCCUUUCCUGGGCCCACACCCUCACCAGCCCCCCUUUUGCCUCCCCUUCUACCUGAUCCCACCAUCAGCAACUGCCUACCUGCCCAUGCUGGACAAGUGCUGGUACCCCACAUCCGUCCCAGUGUUAUACCCGGGCCUCAAUGCCUCCACUGCAGCUCUCACCAGCUUCAUGAACCCAGACAAGAUGUCGGCCCCCUUGCUCAUGCCCCAGAGACCCCCUUCUCCCUUGCCGUCCCAUCCGGCCAUCGACUCCUCUGCCCUGCUCCAAGCUCUGAAGCAGAUCCCCCCUUUAAAUUUAGAAACCAAAGACUAGACUCUUUAGGGGGGAUCCUGCUGCUUUGCUUCCCAUCCUCCCUACCCUCCCCCCCCAAAAAAAAAUGUUUGUGAGUGCAGCGAGAUUGUUCCAGUGUGUGUGCCAAGAUAGUCUGAGGCAUGGAGAGAAGAGUUGGGGUGUGUGUGCGUGUGCAUUGUGUGUUGGUUUAGGACAUUAAAGCUCCUUUUGGCCGAGGGAAGACAUGAAGGGUUGCCUGCCAUCAGGAGAUUUAGGGAGACUGUAGCAGACCUCUGGGCUUUUCCCCACCCAGAGAAUAGCCCCCUCUGAUACAAAUCAGCUGGAUUUUCAAAAGCUUCAAAGCCUUGGUCUGUGAGUCAGCCUUCACUUUGGGAUCUGGGUCUGUGGCUUUGAGAAAAAGGUACUUUCAAAAGAGGGCUUUCCAGAGUGCCCUUCCCAGCCAGCUCUUCUGACCCCACCCUUCUCCCUUUUAUUGUCGCUGUGACUCACCGUAGAGGGAGAGAGCAGCCAGACUGAGCUUUCUGCAAAGUGGUGAGGUAGCAGACACUGGCAUAGCACGGCAGUGGUUUGGGGAGAUUUCCGCAGGUCUGCCCCCCACCCCUGCCUCAAUGAAUAAAGAGAAUGUAGUUCCCUCCUCAGGCUCUUGUAGUGAUUAGCUUACUAAGGAACUGAAAGGGCCCCCUGGUACAGGCCAAGCUGCCAGGGGAUGAGGGAGAAGUCCCCUGGGCCUCUGGCACCUGUUUCUAGAAACAGCCUUGCUGUCCAGGGAACCACACCAGGGUGUGAGAGAUGCAGACGCCUAAGUUCCAAGCACCCCAAAGUGCAAAAAGCUGAGCAACAAAAUUCUACUUUCAAUAAGCAGAGCUAGACUCGGUUUUCAGUUCUACCCUAGAACUCCUCUUAACCCAGCUUAGCUUCUUAAAGGCCACGUCCAAUCCUUUGACAAGAUCUUUCUGCAGGCUAAUUCCCCUCGCCUGACGGCAUAUGGAGUGUCCUUAUUGCUGAGAAGGAUUGUCUCCUUCAGAGAAGUUUUCUUUUUUGGUCCAGAGUACUUGCUUUCUGAC